GCAUGCAUGCUGUCAGUGCAACAGUGUCAAAAAAGUGCAUCCCAACCAAAACAAACCGACUCCAGCUGAUUGAACGCGAAGUCAUUUUACAUAACUUUUGAGGGCACGUGCCGCAGCAUAAACGAACCAUGGGCGGUUGGAUGAUGGAAAUCGGCAGGAUGGCCCUCUACAUGACGUUCCCGGUGGCAAUGUUCCACUGGUUCAAUCAGCCGGAGUAUUUUGAGAAGUGGGUGACGGAAACGAAGCGCCAGAUCUAUCCUCCGGAGAACAAGGAACACCGGGAGGCCGUGGAGAACUGCAUCCGGACGCUGCGGGAGAAGAAAGACCGGGAGCUGCUUGCGGCGCUGGAAGAGCUGGAACAGAAGGAAAAACAGUAGAGUGGUGGAUGGUUCUUGUAUAAAAUAGAGAAUAAAUUGGUUUAUUUAAUUAAGGAA